AACGGCGUGGGCAGUGCCUGCUCCCCCAGGAGAGGAGCAGCAACUAAGAGUAUAAGUUGCUGCAAAUAGGGAGUUAGUCUCAUGGUUGGAUUUAGAAGGCACCCCACAGGGAGAACGCAUGGUCUGAGGACUGACUUUGGGUCGCUGUCUAGUUGGUGAUUAGGCCAGACAUUUGCAGGUGUUUACAAGUAAUAGGGGUCACCAGCCCAGGGGUGCAGGUAAGGGGUUGGUAAUUGCAGAGAACUGGAGAGAGACGGACAUGGAAACAGGAGCAGCUCAGGAACAAGACUUGUUACGACUGGGCUGGAGCCUAGGAACCCCGCCUGUCAACACCUGGGACCAAGAGCAUGUCUGCUAAUAAAGGCUGGUGGGUGCCACCCGAGGGCGAAGACAGUGUGUCUGAGAAGUUCCUGAGGAAAACCAGGGAGUCUCCACUGGUGCCGAUAGGUAUAGGAGGUUGCCUGCUGGUGGCUGCCUACAGGAUUUACCGGCUGAAGGCGCGGGGCUCCACCAAGAUGUCCAUACACCUGAUUCACACCCGGGUGGCAGCGCAGGCUUGUGCCGUGGGUGCCAUCAUGUUAGGUGCUGUGUACACGAUGUACAGAGACUACAUCAAGAAAGCAGCGGAGGAUGCCGGGGAGAAGUAGCACCCCCCAGGGUCUGCAGCAGUCAGAUCCUCUUAAAUUUACCCCUGCGAUACUCCUAAUAAAGUAGUUUUGAGGAAAGUCUACAGACUCUUCUUCCUAUGGGGGAGAGCAGAGGAUGGGGCUGGUAGUGG